CAAUCCUCUUUCUUUGUUCGGAAAAUUUUGGAGGAAUUCUUGGUUUCUCCCUAUAUUUAUUCCGCCAUUGACGAAGAUUUUACAAGUAGCUGAGAGAAGAAGCGUUAAUGUUGUGAUGGAGGCGAAACGCGGUACGAAGAAGUCUAGCAGUGGUAGUAGCAAUAGUAGUAAAAGGCAACAAUACGAAGCUCCUCUUGGUUACAUUAUUGAAGACGUUCGUCCACACGGUGGUAUUGAGAAGUUCCGAUCUGCUGCGUAUUCCAACUGCGUGAGGAAACCAUCAUCUGCGCCUCCGGAACGAUCUCCUUCUCCAAUCGGUUUCGAAGGCUUCGAAAAACGCCUGGAAAUCACAUUCUCUGAACUGCCUAUUUUCAAGGACUCUGAAGGACUUGGUCUCCGAGCUUUGACUCGAUCUCAACUCGAUUCAAUCCUUGAACCUGCAUUCUGCACUAUCGUAUCUCAUCUCUCUAACUCCGAUUUCGAUUCUUACGUCCUCUCCGAAUCGAGUCUCUUCAUUUAUCCACAUACGAUCAUCCUCAAAACUUGCGGCACCACCAAGCUUCUCCUCUCCAUUCCGAUGAUUCUCGAACUUGCCGAUUCGAUCAAACUCUCCGCUGUCGCCGUGAAAUACUCCCGCGGAACCUUCAUCUUCCCCAACAAUCAACCUGCUCCUCACCGUAGCUUCUCCGAGGAAGUUACCGCACUUAAUGUCUACUUUGGCGAUUUCUACUCCGAGGCGUACGUGAUCGGCGAUCCGGCUGUUCCGAAUCGCAACUGGCACAUCUACUCAGCCGUAAAAUCACCUACGACCGUGAAUCGUACGGAUAUGGUUACUCUGGAAAUGUGUAUGACGGGUUUGAACAGAGAAAAGGCCGCGGUGUUUUUCAAAAAAUCUGGAGGCAACUCAUCGGCGGAGAAAAUGACGAAAAUGUCCGGAAUCUCUGAGAUAAUUCCGAAUCACACCAUCUGCGAUUUUGAAUUUGAUCCGUGUGGAUACUCCAUGAACGGGAUCGAAGGUGCAGCGUACUCUACGGUGCACGUGACUCCAGAGGAUGGUUUCAGUUACGCCAGCUACGAGGCGAUGGGCUUCGACGUGGCGGAGCUUCCUUUCUCGCAUCUGGUAAGUAGGACGCUCCGGUGCUUUUCUCCGGCGGAAUUCUCGAUCGCCAUCACGUCGAGCAGCGGCGGCGGCGGCUCCCGCACGUGGUCUGUUGACGAUGCGGACGUGGAGGGGUACACGUGUGAUAACAUGGUGAAGCAGGAGCUGCCAGGUGGCGAGUGGCUAGUUUACCGUACGUACACGGUGGAUAGAAGAAGGUGCGCCGCGCUCCCACCGUGCAAGUCGCUGCUGCUGCUGCAGUGCUGGAAGGAGGCCGCCGCCGCCGCCGAUGUGGGUGAGGAAGAGGCUGUGCUUCGCCGUGUGUUGUCGGCCUAGUUUAGUGUCGAUGUGUCGUCUAUGGUGCUUUUGGAGCAGUUAUGAUUUUAUUUUACGGUAAUGAUUGUUAUAAUGUAGAUUUAGUUUUGAAUUUGGGGCAGUUCUGUUUAAAUAUAUACCGAAUUAAUUGUCCACUUUCAUAUUUUCUUUUUU